UUUAAGACCUGACAUUUUACUGGACAUUGUAGUACAAAUGUGUCGAAAUACUCUCUAACAUCCGAGUAGGGACGGCGCUUUUAUUCUGAAGAAACCAGAGCGGAAGUGUUGCUGCUGCUGAGGAAGCAAAGAGUAGAAUGUGUACGAGAUCUCCUGAACUGAAUACAGACAAGAUGGAAAACAUCUCCAUUGACAGUUUAAUCCUGAAGCUCCACGAUGUGAACGCGGUGAAAUUUGGAGAAUACAAGCUGAAGAGCGGCAUGCUGACACCCAUUUAUAUCGACCUGAGGGUUCUCGUGUCCUACCCCGCGCUCAUGAACCAGGUGUCAAGUCUCAUUUACCAGCGAGUGCAAGAAGAGGGACUGCAGUUUGACUCAGUGUGUGGGGUUCCAUACACAGCCCUGCCUUUGGCCACAAUCAUCUGUUCUAGGCAUGAAUUGCCCAUGCUCAUCAGGCGAAAGGAGGCCAAGGACUAUGGAACCAAGCGUCUGGUGGAGGGCUCGUUUCAGGAGGGGGACAUAUGCCUGAUCAUCGAGGACACCGUGACCAGUGGCAGCAGCAUCCUGGAGACUGCUGAAGUGCUCAACAAAGGGGGACUAAAGGUGACGGAUGCCGUGGUACUAAUGGACCGAGAGCAAGGCGGUGUCGAUAUGUUGGCUUCUCAGGGAAUCAAGCUCCAUCCCAUCAUCUCCAUGUUCAAGCUGCUCAACGUGCUGCUGGCAGCUGAACGCAUCGACGCUCAAACUGCCCAGAAUGUCCGCACGUUCAUCCAGGACAACAACACGUUCAGGUACAGUCGCACACCAAACUUUUGGCGUGCGUGCAUGCGUGCGUGUGUGUCUGUUUAUGUAUGCUAUCGGUCUUUACAGCUGAAGAUGGCAGAGGAGCAGUCGGACUUUGUGAUCGGCUUCAUCUGUGGCUCUAAGAUCACCCAGAGGCCAGAGUUCAUCCACAUGACCCCCGGGGUGCAGAUUCAGGCUGGAGGUGAUGGGUUGGGCCAGCAGUACUCCACCCCAGAGGAAGUCCUCUACAACAAAGGCUCUGAUGUCAUCAUCGUCGGUCGGGGUAUCCUGGAGGCCCCUGAUAGGCUGAAAGCUGUUGAAUCAUACAGAAAGUCCGGCUGGGAGGCUUACACAAAGAGACUGGGCCAGAGUGGCCAAUAGGAGCUCAACAAAAGAGUUGCAUCUGCAUCAUUACGUCUAAUUUCAAAUUUAUCCCGCGACUCUAAUAAAGGACCUCUGCGGAUUACCUUAAAGUAUUUUUCUCUUUUACACCAGUGUGACCAUGGUUGUUUACAUAGAAACACGCAGACAUUUGCAGCAGUGGGGAACCCGACACUUUACUGUUGAACAUAUGUAAAUGCGCUCUUUUGAUUCUGUCCUGUUUUUAAUAAGCUGCAUUAACUGUGUUCUUCUGAUUCCCUCCUAAUUAAUAAACUGCACAACUUGACCUGAA